CAGUUUUGUUUUGCUUUGUGAACGUGUUUUGUAAAUAAACAUUUUAAAAACUUAAGUUAAUAUUAUAUAAAAUAUAUAAAACUUAACGUACAUUAUGACUACAUUUGAAUUAGUGUUUCGUUUAUUUAUAUUUAAUGUCAUUUAUUAUGUUACCGGAGCAGCUACUGAGAUAAAGAAUAACCAAAACAGCGUGACAUGUGCAACUCGAUUUGCGUCCUGCGAAACGAACAUGGGAAGUUCACAGCAGCCGGUGUGCGGGACUGACGGACGGAACUACCCUACCAAAUGUCAUCUGUUAAAAGCCCAAUGCUCGGGCGAACCGAUAUCCGUGGCACAUAAAGGACCUUGUGUUGGGCAGUCAACGUGUCUAAUAGUGCAGCGUUACGCGUUGAGUGCUCAAGGCGGACGAAGGCCUGCUUUCGUGCCCCGUUGCCGUGCCGACGGCACCUACGCGUCGGUGCAGUGUGCGGCCGCCGGGGCCGCCGCUGGCUGCUGGUGUGUCACACCUGACGGCAAGCCUCUCCCCGACACGGCUGUCAGAAACGGCAGGCCAGACUGCACGAGGACCGGUAAAUCACACACGAGGCGGCGCUCGUCAGUUCGGGGUCAACGAAACAAAAGAAGUUGCACCAGAAUUGACCGCGUACAGUUUAAUGGGAACUUGAUAAAAAUAUUCAGUGGUGAAUAUGAGAGAGUCCGUGCGGAAACUGGAGGUGCACCGUUGGAGGCGAGAGCUGUCGCUGAAUGGAAGUUUCGAGAACUAGACAGAGACAGGAGUGGGACCUUACAGAAGUCCGAAUACAGAGGCUUACGCCGACUAAUUAAAAAGGUGGUGAAGCCGAAGCGCUGUGCACGUGCAUGGGCGCGUGGUUGCGACGGGGAUGGUGACGGUGAGAUCGCUCGGGCGGAAUGGGCCUCCUGUCUCCUCGCCAACCCAGACCCACCUGCACCGGAUUACGACGACAGCGGGCCGGAACCUGAGGCCGAUUACAACGAAGAGGAACCGCCGCCUGAUCCAAGCGCAGUCCUGCCUGGCAUUAUGAAAAAUUCUUUCGCACCUGACGGAUCCGAUCCGGAGUCAAGACGUGAAGAUGAGGCCAACGACUGUCUCACUGAUCGACAGGCAGUAUUAGAAGAACAGAAAAACGGCAGCGCAGUACUUUAUGUUCCGGAGUGUACGGGUGAUGGUAGAUAUGCUCGCGCUCAAUGCUACCGCUCCACUGGGUACUGUUGGUGUGUACAUCAGGACACGGGGAAACCUAUACCUGGUUCAUCUGUUAAAGAUCGCAAACCAGAUUGUGAUGCCACCCCACAACAUGCCAGCCCAAUGAGAGGAUGUCCAGAACCGAUGAAGUCAAAUUUUUUACGUGAUCUCAUGAAUUUCUUUAUCACAAAAAUGACAGCUACUAAUAACGGUACAGGACCAGGUGAUAUGGUUAAAUGGGGUGCAUCAAAAGAAGAACAAGCAGCUACAUGGACAUUCGUGAUGUUAGAUAAAGACAAGAAUAAAGCACUGGAAAGACGAGAAUGGAAAGCAUUUCAUCAACUUAUAUCAAAUGUAGAACAAUUAAGAAGAUGUGGAAGGAAACUACCGAGAUAUUGCGACGUGAAUCACGACACUAAAAUUAGUAUUACAGAAUGGAUGGCCUGCUUGGAAGUACUACAAGCAUCUCAAGGACAUACGACGGAAACCACUAAAGUACCACCAAAUCCCAGACGAAAAGGUCCAAAUCCUCUAGAAUCUAUUCUGAAGGCGGAGGACUAAAUUUUCAAUAUCAGUGAAUAGUAAUGUGUUGGCUAUGAUAUACCAGUGUGUAAUGGCUUUGUGUGUUAAGAAAGCUUAACUUGUCUUGCGGCUAACGUCCGGUUUCUGAUAGAUAUGUCCAAAAUAUAUGCAAUCUCCUUCUUCUAGCUCUAGGCUCUGGUUAUCCUGAGUUUGGUCUAACAACUCAUUCCAAUUCGAUCUUUGUCUUCGAUUUAUGCUGUCCACUGGAGCUUUCUCCUUCAGCCUCAGUACAAAUCAAAUUACUAGUAAAGUCCAACAAACUUAUCAGACGUGAUCUGAUCUAAAUCAUAAUAGGUCAAUAUCAAAAGCCCCUUUAUUAUUAUCAAAAAUGUGCUACAAUAUGGUUAUUGAAGUAGCUAUAUUCUAUACCUAGGUAGGUAAUACAUGUUUUCUGAUAAAACUAAUUACAAUAAUAUCUAUCUCAACAGGUGAAAUAAAUUUAUUGCACUAUACUUAAUUGUUUGAAGACUAUCGUAAGAGUUCUUUUAGAAA